AUGAGCACAAACAGUGAGUUUAUAGAAUUAAUAACUCCCAAGAAUUUGGGUAUCAUCUCUGAUGCCAAAUUCUCUCGUAAUCAACAAGACCAAUUAUUAGUCUCGACAUGGUGUAAUAGGAUUCUAUUAUACAAUUGUAAAUCAUUUAUUAAUUAUCCUCACCAAGAGCCUACAACACAUCCGAUAUAUACUUUUGACACUGCAGAAACCCCCUUAUGUUUGUUAUAUCCCGGAAACUCCAAUUCUCCUAUAGUUGGCUCCCUAGAUGGGUCUAUUCGUGAGUUGGAUUUCGAAAAUAUGAAAUUGGGUAGUAAUUUUGGUAAGGAGUUGGUGGAUGAUAGCUGCCACAUCAACGGGAUCAACAAUAUAUGUCAAGGGUCUAAUCACACAGUAAUUGCCAGCUCAUUCAAUAAGGAACUACAAGCAUUGGAUCAGCGACAACAGAAACCAAUAGCUGUUUACAAAAACAAGCAAAAGAUUCUAACCAUGGAUUCAAAUGACAAGUACUUGAUAUUGGGAUUGGCGGGGAAUAAAAUCGAAAUAUAUAAUCUUCUGGACUUAUCAAAGCCAGUGGAAACAAGAGAUGUUGGUUUGAGAUUCCAAUUUCAAGAUAUAAAGGCAUUCCCUAACCAGGAAGGAUUUGCAAUUGCAACUAUUGAUGCAAGAGUUUCAGUAGAGUUCUUUUCCCCCUCUCGAGAUGUUCAAGAUUCAAAAAGGUUCAUAUUCAAGAGCCAUCGACAUUACGAUAAGACUUUAGAAAUAGAAACAGUUUACCCCAUAAACAGCCUAUCCUAUGACAAAACACGAGAAAUGCUAAUAACAGGUGGUUCAGAUGGAUAUGUAUGUUUGUGGGAUAUUGCAAAAAGAAAAAGAAUGAAACAGUUUAAACAAUUCCAAACUAGGGACUCGCAGUGCAUUGAAAGUGUUGCCAAGUUGGAUGUGAGUUUUGAUGAUGAUUUAUUAGUCGUUGCUACUAGCGAUGAUUCAUUUGUUAGGCGAAGAAGCUUAUCUGAAGAUAUUUAUGCAAGACAUUCAAGUCGAGUCUAUUUGAAGCAAUUGAGAGAAUCAGAAAACAGAAACCCAACACUAUCGAGCUACUAA